AUGGCUCCAAAAAAAGUUAUCCUUGCGGUGUUCUUUGUUUUCUUCACUUUGAAAUUGUACUCUGCAAAAUCACAAAUUUCGGUUAAAGCUGGUUACUGGUACUCAGGCAGCGGGUUCCCGAGUUUGGGCAUAAAUUCUGCUCUCUAUACUCACCUUCAUUGUGCAUUUGCUCAGGUAAAUUCAACCUCUUAUGAACUCUCUUUAUCAGAGUCUGAUGAGAAACUGUUCCCCAACUUCACAGACACUGUGAAACAGAAAAACCCAUCAGUCUUCACUCUUCUAUCAAUUGGGGGUGCAAAUGCCAACUAUUCAACAUUUUCUGCAAUGGUGAGUGAUUCAUCUUUCAGGAAAUCUUUCAUUGAUUCUUCAAUUAGAACCGCCAGGCUUUAUGGUUUCCAUGGCUUGGACUUUUGUUGGGUAUAUGCAAACUCUAGCUCUGAUAUGUAUAACAUGGGAGUUCUCUUUCAAGAGUGGCGAGCUGCUAUCAACUUAGAGGCAUUAAACUCUAGCUAUGCACAACUUCUAUUGACUGCAGCUUUUCUUUUAAAACCAGGUUUAGAUUCAGGAAGGUUCCCUCUAGAAGCGAUGGAACGGUACUUGGAUUGGGCUAAUAUUUUGGCUUAUGACUACUACACCCCUCAGUGGUAUAAUUUUACUGCUGCUCAGGCUGCUCUGUAUGAUCCAAGUAGUAAUGUUAAUACUGAUUAUGGUAUUAGGGCUUGGAUUAGCAGAGGAUUUUCUGCUGAUAAGAUGGUUUUGGGUUUGCCUUUCUAUGGUUAUGCGUGGACGCUUGCAAACCCCAUGGAAAACGGUAUUGGUGCGCCAGCAACAGGGCCAGCCAUUAGAGAAAGUGGAGCCACAAACUAUAAGGAAAUCAGGAAUUUUGCUGAGACAUAUGGGGCUAAUGUUACGUACAACGCAACCUAUGUUGUGAAUUACUGCACAGUUGGAGCAACUUGGAUUGGUUUUGAUGAUGUUGAGGUUGUCAAAACUAAGGUUGCUUAUGCCAAGGAGAAGAAGUUACUAGGCUACAGCGUGUGGGAGGUCGGUUAUGAUGAUAACUGGAUACUUUCUCAAGCUGCAGCUCAAGAGAGUAAUAAGAAUGGAGGAAAAAAGUGGCGGCUAUUGGCAACUGUUUUGUCUACAACUGCCGCUGCUAUUCUGCUUCUAGGCUGUUUCUUGAUAUAUUACUUCUGGCAAAGAGAGCUCAAAUCAGAAGGAUCAAAGAAGAAAUUAAAUGACCCAUCUGCAACUGGGGAUUUUAACAGAAAUGCUCAUAAUCUGAUAACUUAUAGUUUUCAUGAAAUUGAAGCGGCUACAGGCAGAUUUUCAUUUGAAAAUAAGCUGGGUGAAGGUGGAUAUGGUCCUGUUUACAAGGUAAUUACCUUUCUAUUAAUUAAACCAUUUAUUCUGUUGCAAUUUGGUCUCCCUGAUUGA